AUGACUUACCUAGUCUACCACAACGGAUACCACGUCUGUGAGCACCAUCUCAUCGCCGUCAUUUACCUUCCGGCGGUCCCACCGACGAUCAUCUCAGUUAAUAUUCCACCUCCUCCUCCUCCUCGCCAAUUACCGCUCAAAACUGCCACCACAACUCGCGAGGUGUUCAUAAACUUUCGCGGCCUCGACGUCCGCAACACGUUCAUAGACCACCUCCAAGCCGCGCUCCGGCGGGAGAGAGUCGGCGCGUUCAGGGAUGACGUGGACUCGGGCCGCGGCGUGAACGUGAAGCAAGGCGUCCUGCGAGCCAUCGAGGAGUCGAGGUUCUACGUCGUCGUUCUGAGCCGGAGCUAUGCGUCGUCCAAGUGGUGCUUGGACGAGCUGGUGAAGAUCAUGCAUUGUUCGAAUAAGCAUAACAAGAUUGCGUUUCCUGUGUUUUACCACGUGUCCCCGGAGGAUGUCUCCGCCGUCGGCGGGGGCGGGUGCUACAAGGAGGAUUUUGACCGGCAUAAGAAGAAGUAUACUUAUGAAAGAGUCGACGGCUGGCUUCAGGCGCUUGCGUGGGUUGUUGGCGUGUCCGGCUGGGUCGUCGCCAGUGACCAGUACGUAAUUGUCAACCCUUGCCUUGCGUGUGCAUGA